UGCUGUAAAGACAUUUUACUCUCAAAUAUACAACUUCUUAUAGUUUUCCUCUGUUCAUGCCAUACCACAAUUCUGAAUUAAGGAGUUUCUAGCCUUCUUCAUCUUUAGUAACAUCCACUUCUAGUCUAGUCGAGUCACCUAUGAGUAUGGCCACUUCCUGGAGAUGGUAGUCUCGAAGGACUGAAAUCACAUAAUCAAACAUACUUCUCUUAACCUACAACUUAUAUUCUUUCUUGAAGGGCUCCAAUCACCAUUUAUACCAAUAAAUUCUAAAUUUGUCUCUGCAGCCCAAACCUCUUUUCUCACUUGCAUUUAUAUAAUGGAAGCUCAUUUACAUAAAUAUUUAAAUGGAUGCUCUAUGGAUACCUCAAACUCAACAUGUUUUAAGUUAAAAUUUUCCCUUCCUAAAAAAUGAAACAUCUUCUCCAGCUCUAUACCCAUUUUCUCAUCUCCCCUUCUUGUAUUUACUUUAUCAGUUGAUAGUGCUAUCAUUUACUUAGUUCCCUAAGCCUCAGUUCCUUCUUAUUCGAGUGCCUCUAUAUCUAGUCUAUCACCAUAUCCAAUAUAUUUUAUCUUGAUUAUUUUAAUUACUGCAUUUCUAGUUGAGGCCAAUCUCAUCUCUUACAUGUAUUAUUGCAACAACUUCUAAUCAGUCUCCUGCCUCUAGUCUUACUCCUUUCUAAUUUAUUCUUAACUCUGAAAUAGGAUGAUCUUUUGAAAAGUAAAAAUAUGGCCAUGUCAUUUUUCUAUUUAAAACCUUUCAUAAUCCUGCAUUUCCACUGAUGUAGAGUUCGAAUGGCAUGACAUAAAAUAUUUGCUUAUCUUUUCAGUCUCAACUCUCACAGUUUCUUUCCUUUUGCUGUAUUGCUCAACCAUAUUGAUCCUACUUCAGUUCUUCCAAAACAAGUCUUUCAUUUUGGAUAUCAUGUUUUUACUUUUCCUGGAAAUUUCACCCCACACUGAAUUUUGGUUUGGAUUCCUCAUACUCAUCUUUUAUGUAUCAAUUUAGAAUAUCCUUUUUACAGAAAAGUUUUUUCUGUACUUCCAAAUUCUAGUUAGAUAACCCUCACCUUUGCUCGUAUAGUUGCAUGUACUUUUGCUAUCAUGCCAUUCACUAUGCUCUAUUUUUAAUGUGUGAUCACUUCUCUGCCUCCACAUUUCAGGACAGAAACUAUGUCUGUCUGUUUACUACUCUAUUCCUAACAUUUAUCACCAGGCCUAGCACAAAAUAUAUGCUCAAUAAAUAUUUGCUGAACAAAGUGUUGAAUGGGUGCUUUUGGAAGACCUGGAUCUGCAACAUGAAACUCAGUUCCACAACUAAAUUGGGGUCUAAUUUGUUCAAGUUUUUUUUAAUUUUCAGAAACUAGACAUAUUUUAUUCAUUAAUGUUGAGUAUUUACUUACUUUUUACUGCUGCCAGAUAAGUCUCCUAUGGAGGAUCCCUAAAUAAAUGGUACCAUUUACCAAAUCUGAAAUGUCAGCCUCCCCAAAACAACUAUUUGCAUAUACCAGGUUCAGUUUCCAGUGAACCUUAUUCUUAUUGUCUUAGAGUAUUUGUUGACAGCUAGGGACAACUAAGACCUCUAGCUUUCCUGGAAACUUCUUGCCCACUAAGUCUAUUACAUAGAAGAGUCAUCCUAACUAUUUUUAGUUGUUUUAUAUAUUGUCUUCAUAACUUACUUGAAGAUGAGAGAGCAUAACUUAUUUGAAAUUGGGGCUCUAUCUUCAAUAUAUGCUUUUUAUAGCCAUGACAGUUCUAGCCAAUUGUGGUUUACUGUGUUAAGGAAUGAACAGCAACAACAUCACAUAUCACAAAGAAUGUAACUUAGAAAAUAGGAAUUUAAGAGAGAAUAUAAUUUAAAUCCAUCAAUAAACACACAAGGUAGAGCAAUCUUCUGUCUCAACUUACUUGAUUUUGUUUAAAACCUGAGAAUCUGUAGAGUCACUUGGUGGCGCUGCAGGAUAAGAUAGGGUAAUUUUUGUUACAUCAGAAGCCACUGGCUUCCAUUAACCAGUGGAGCUGAGAGCGCUAAAGAAGCAGGAAGGGGAAAAGAGGCUUUCAAAAGAAAGCUGGGCAGCCAACAAAAGCCUGACAGCGGGAUUAUAAAUCUAUAGAUUACUAAAAGUCCAGGCUGAUAGAGAGGAGCAACUCCUGGAGCUGUUUGAGACUGAGCUGAAACAUUUCCAAAGAAAGGCGUUUGGCUAAGGAGCCAUGGAGCCGGGAGAGGAGAGCCCUCAGCAUGUAAGGCAAGUGCUGCUUUUCUUUGUUUUCCUGGGAGGGUCUUUGGUGUGUUCAGAGACCAGGCGCUAUUCUGUGGCAGAGGAAACGGAGACCGGAUCGUUUAUAGCCAACGUGGUGAAAGACAUAGGUUCAGGUGUGGAAGACCUGGCUGCGCGGGGGGCUAGGGUCAUCUUUGAUGAUUAUAAAUCAUACUUGUGGUUGGAUCCACAGACUGGCAACUUGCUUUUAAAUGAGGAAUUGGACCGGGAGGCACUUUGCGGUCUCACGGAGCCAUGUAUGUUGCAUUUCCAGGUGUUACUGGAAAAUCCUUUGCAAUUUUUUCAGGCUGAACUUUGGGUUAAAGACAUAAAUGAUCACAUUCCCACAUUCUUAGAUAAAGACAUACUUCUGAAAAUCUCGGAAGGUACUGCUCCAGGAACCCCAUUCCAAAUGGAGAGUGCUCAGGAUUUGGAUGUAGGAAAGAAUGGCAUCCAAAACUACACAUUAAGUCCCAAUCCUCAUUUCCACCUCAAAGUACAAGACAGUGAUGAGGGAAGAAAAUACCCAGAGCUGGUACUGGACCAAUCUCUGGACCGAGAAAGGGAGCCUGAGAUUAGAUUAACGCUUACAGCCUUGGAUGGUGGGUCUCCGCCCAGGUCUGGAACUGCAGUGGUUCGUGUUUUGGUUUUAGAUAUCAAUGACAAUGCACCAGAGUUUGAGAGGCCCGUCUAUGAGGUUCAAGUACCAGAAAACAGCCCUCUGGACUCCUUAGUCAUCAAGGUGUCUGCUACCGAUUUAGACGCAGGGAUAAAUGGAGAACUAACUUACUCAUUUUCCCAUGUCUCCAAAGACACACGGAAAACAUUUGAAAUCCAUCCAAUUUCUGGCGAAGUCCACUUAAAAGCUCUUCUGGAUUUUGAGUUAGUUCAGUCUUACACAAUGAAUAUUCAGGCCACGGACGGUGGGAGUCUCUCAGGAAAAUCAACAAUUUUGGUUCGGGUUGUAGAUGUGAAUGACAACCCUCCGGAAAUAGUCAUGACAUCUCUUACCAGCCCCAUACCAGAAAAUUCCUCGCCUGAAAUGGUGGUCGCUGUUUUCAGCUUACGAGACCAAGACUCUGGAGAUAACGGGAAGAUGGUUUGCUCAAUUCAGGACAAUCUCCCCUUUCUCUUGAAGCCUACUUUUAAGAACUUCUACACCCUGGUAACAGAAGGACCUCUAGACAGAGAGAACAAGGCCGAGUACAACAUCACCAUCACUGUCACCGACUUGGGGACCCCCAGGCUGAAAACCCAGCACAACAUCACCCUGCUGGUGUCCGACGUCAACGACAACGCCCCCGCCUUCACCCAAACCGCCUACACCCUGUUCCUCCGCGAGAACAACAGCCCCGCCCUGCACAUCGGCAGCGUCAGCGCCACAGACAGGGACGCGGGCGCCAACGCCCAGCUCACCUACUCGCUGCUGCCGCCCCACGACCCGCGGCUGCCCCUGGCCUCGCUCGUGUCCAUCAACGCGGACAACGGCCACCUGUUCGCCCUGAGGGCGCUGGACUUCGAGGCGCUGCAGGCGUUCGAGUUCCGCGUGGGCGCCACGGACCGCGGGUCGCCCGCGCUGAGCAGCCAGGCGCUGGUGCGCGUGCAGGUGCUGGACGCCAACGACAACGCGCCCUUCGUGCUGUACCCGCUGCAGAACGGCUCUGCGCCCUGCACCGAGCUGGUGCCCAGGGCGGCCGAGCCGGGCUACCUGGUGAGCAAGGUGGUGGCGGUGGACGCAGACUCGGGCCAGAACGCCUGGCUGUCGUUCCAGCUGCUCAAGGCCACGGAGCCCGGGCUGUUCGGCGUGUGGGCGCACAAUGGCGAGGUGCGCACGGCGCGGCUGCUGAGCGAGCGCGACGCGGCCAAGCACAGGCUGCUGGUGCUGGUCAAGGACAAUGGCGAGCCCGCGCUGUCGGCCAGCGUCACGCUGCACGUGCUGCUGGUGGAUGGCUUCUCGCAGCCCUACCUGCCGCUGCCCGAAGCGGCGGCCGACCAGGCGCAGGCCGACCCGCUGACCGUGUACCUGGUCAUCGCGCUGGCGUCGGUGUCGUCGCUGUUCCUGUUCUCGGUGCUGGCGUUCAUCGCGGUGCGGCUGUGCAGGCGGAGCAGGGCCGCCUGGGUGGGUGGCUGUUCGGUGCCUGAGGGCCCCUUUCCGGGCCACCUGGUGGACGUCAGCGGUACUGGGACCCUGUCCCAGAGCUACCAGUAUGAGGUGUGUCUGACGGGAGGCUCUGGGACCAGUGAAUUCAAGUUCCUUAAACCAGUUAUCCCCAGCCUCCCGCCCCAAAAUCCUGAAAAGGAGGAAAGCCACACCUUUCUCAAUGGCUUUGGUUUCAAUUAGGAAUUCCAUUAUUAUGCAAAACUUGUAAAAAGAGUGCUAUUUCUUUGUAAAAUUUAUUGAUUGUAAUGAAAAUUAUUUCUUUUGAGCAAUCUCACUAGGAGCUCAGAAAUUUCAAUGUCUACUUUCUGCUCUUCUUUAUAUUAACUGGAAAAAACUGUGGGAGCUAGAAUUUGUUUAGUCUUUCUUCCAAAAUGCAACCUCAAAUAAUUUAUUUACAAGAUGGAGCAAAAGUAGGUUUACAGUUAUUCAUAUGGAAAUAAUACAAGAACAAACUGUGGCCCUAACUGGUUUGGCUCAGUGGAUGGAGCAUCAGCCUGCGGACUCAGGGGUCCCAGGUCCGAUUCCGGUCAAGAGCAUGUACCUGGGCUGUGGGCUCAUACCCAGUGGGGAGUGUGCAGGAGGCAGCUGAUCAAUGUUUCUCUCUCAUCGAUGUUUCUCACUCUCUAUCCCUCUCUCUAACUCUGUAAAAAAUCAAUAAAUAAUAUAUAUAAAACCUCUUGACUUUUUAAAAAAGAGAACAAACUGUGUUUCACGUGUUAACAAUUGUGAACCUACCUUUGCCCACCCUGUAUACAGCAGUUUCCCUUCUAGGUUAAUUGCACACUCAGCUCAGUCAUAGUCUCUGGGUGUUCUGGGUUCUAGAUGCUCUCACCAAACCAGUUUUUAUGUUUGAUAGUAUUAUUAUAGAGGAAAUGCAUGCUAUGAAUCAAAACAUAAUUGCUUUGUCAUCUGCUUAGGUUGAUUUUUAAUGUUACUUUUUAAAGGUCUUUUAAAGUAUGAUCAAUUUUCUAUUCUCUUCUGCCAAAUAUUUCAGAUAAUUUUUUUCUCCAUUUAGGUAUGUUUCUGUGUAAAUACUUUGUGAAUUGUUUAUAUUGCUGAUAGGUGGUGUAUUAAAAUAAAUUCUAAUCUUGUUUAGAUUAAGGCAGAUAUUUAGCCACAUAAUUUAUUGAUUAUAUGGGUUGAUUCAUGUCUGAGAGCUUCCCAGUAUGAUCCAAGAAAGAGAAACACUAUUUAGAUGUUUGUUCCGUUUUCUUUACUUUUCCUAUUUUGAUUGGUUCAGCAACAGACUUCUGAUUAAAGCAGAAAUAGUCAUAUUCUCCAAGCCCUUAAAUUGGCAAUUAAGAUGUAGUUCAUCUAUUUUUUCUUGAUUGCUUGUAACUAGGAAAUAAAUGUUUAACAUAGGCUGAGGUAGCCAUGUUUAGCCAUGUUUGGGCUGGCAACACAGAAUCACAGGUAAAGAGCAAGGAAAGGGGGGAGGAAGGAAGGGAAGGGAAGAGUAAAGGUGAGAAGGAAUAAGGAAGUGGAGGAAACAGAAACCUAAGAAACAGUAGAAACUAAGACAGCUAGCACUUGGUUCUUCUAGACCUAUCAGUUUCUCAUUCCAGUGUCUCCAAGUCCCCAAAGUCUUGUUGUCCUUGAGUCCUACAAUAAGACUCCAGUUUCCUAAUAAUAAAACUUUUUUAUUUAACCCGUGGGGGGAUUACUGGAAACCAAAAAAGACAAGAAAGACAUGUGCCGUCUUGAGUACUCAAUUAGCCUAUGUAACAGCAAACCUAGGUCCUUUGUUGCAUGUUUCUAAUAUUAACUUAGCCAAUGAAUGGAAUAACAAAUGUACAAGCUUUGAGAUAAUUAAUCUAUACUAGAGAAUUUUGUUAUAAACCUUAAAUUUUAUAAAUAAUUGGCAAAGUCUUUCAACAGAAGAAAUGCUACAAAGGGUUUUAUGGAAUGUUUUUCUAACAAGUUUCCCUCCAUUAUUUUAUGUGCCCCAGGACUAGUUUUUAAAAGUAACACUUAGAUUGUUAUUGUUUGAGUGUCUAGACCUUUUCUCAGGAUCAUCAGACAUGUGAAUAUAAUUAUUUUAUCAUUUAAUGUAAAAUCUUCAGAAUCUACAAAUAAUGUAGUUUAUAGAUUAUAUGGGUUGAUACAUGAUUUUAAGAAUAAUACAGUAUUUGAUGCACACAUACUCUAUUAUUAAAAAGGCUCAUAAAAAUUUAAGUUUCCUGCCAAGUCUACAAGCUUAAAUUUUUCUCCUUAGAAGAGAAAAAUAAGGAGAAAAUUUUUCUGAGAGAUGACAGAUGGGAAUGAAAAACUAAUUUUGAUGCAUUUGCUCACUGACUUAGAUACCAGCUUCUACUGGUUAAUUUUUUUAAUGCAUGAAUAUUAAGGGCACAUUUUCUUGCCUAUUUAAUUUCAUAGUAGAGAGGUUGGAUCCAUGACCAAGAUCUCUGAGGCAAAUUCUUAGAUCUAACUGUAACCAGCAUGUUCUCAUGUUUUGAAGGUUCAUUUAAUUAAAUUUGUUUCACUACUAGAAGAAAACUUUCUAAAAUAGAAUGAUUUGUACUUCAAUAGAAUUGAACCAAUAUUCAACACAAUGUUUACAUGAGGCCCAAGCUGUUUUCCCAGUUAUCCAGGUGAUUGGAGUGCCAGACUAUGUUAUACUGUUGGUUAUUUAAACAAUAUUAAAGUAUUAUUUAAAAUUUGGUGCAACUGGGGAGACUCCAGGUCCUUUACCCCAAGAUAUUUUUUCCAUCCUUAGGAGUAAAAACUUUAUUCUAGAGUGUCAGGAUCUCCAGCUACCCUCAAGAGCUAUGUGAGUUGCUUGCUAAAAGUAAAUUGUGUUUCCUACUUGGGAAUAAGUUUAACCUGCUGUUUCAAAUGAACCUAACUUACUUUCUUCUGCACUUUAGUUAUUACUGUAACUUCAGCUCUUUAGUAUAUUUGUAAUGUUGACGUUCCUACUUUUCAAGAUCUCAGUGAAUGUUAACUUCAACAUGUAUAUAUCUUAGUUUUAGUAACAGAUGUAGAUGCUUUUUACAAAUAGUUUUAGAUAAUUAAUAGUCAAUACAACAGUGCUUACAGAGAUAUUGAGACAAUAUCUGUAAACAAUAUUUAUAAAUAAGUUAUCCACAAUCUCUUAAGCUAUUUGUUUAGUUUGCAUAGUAAACCAGGUCUAGCUGGUCUGUCACUUAAGUUUAUACUAUUGAAGUAUGUAAAUGAAUCUCUUCAUCUUCCUUGCUGGCAGUGUGUUAAGAGUUUGAUUUCUUUAGGAAUAGACUGAUAACUACCCAUCUUUUUCUACUCAAUUCCCCCAGAAUACAGAUAAUAUAGUACACUUUAUAUUGUAAGCUUCAGAACAACAAAGAAGGUAUGUGUAUUCCCACCACUUAGUAUUCUGCCUGACAUAUAAUAUGAAAUCAAUAAGGUUUGUUGAAUAAACAAAUAAAUACA